AUGCGUCUUACCGCUCUCUAUGCCGUCAUUACCGUCGCCGUCGACCGACUUGGAGCUCUAGCUGAAGGGCUGCCCGUAGUCAUCAACGUCCCAAGGGUUGCUUCUGACGACGCCGCUUCAUUGGACCCAUCGCCUGUAUCUUUCUCGUUGCCUUUUGCUGGGCUGCCGGGUUACUUUCCUGGUAUACCUCUUACUCUGAAAUGUCUUGGCACUUUCAAGGAUGUGAGCAGCAAAUGGCCUCCUAUUCGUAUAGGAGGAACUUCUGAGGACUAUGCCACUUUCGACCCCAAUCUGGCUGUUCCUAAUGUGAUCACGGGAACCGCGCCCACAGGUCAAGGUAUCAGCACCUAUGGACCUUUGCUUAUGCAGCUUGUUGCAGAUUACCAAGGGCCAAUUGUUUGGGGCCUCAAUCGAGGUGGCAACAACAUCACCAACACCAUCGCAGCUGCCAAGGCUGCAGUCAAGCAAUUGCCGUCCUUGUAUGCGUUGGAGCUUGGUAACGAACCUGUAAUUUUCGGGGCUAUCAAACAGCCAAUUGCUUCGACUGUAAACGAAUGGACGCCGGAAACAGACGCAGAGUCCGAAUCCGAAUGGCAAGCGGCCAUUGGUCAAGCAAUCAACCGCAAUAGUAUCUUCCAAGCGGCCAGCUACUACCAGAACCCUACCCUAGAAUGGUCAGCGGCCAACUAUUUCAAAUACGCCAAUGCUUCCGCGGAUACGUAUAUCAGAGUCUUCUCUCAUCACAACUAUCCACAGUCUGCUAUUUCCUCCCAGGAAGAUCCGCCCAAUGCCGAUGCCCUGAUGAGCCACAUCAAUGUCACCAAGAAUGUCGGUCUUUACAAAGACGACGUCAAAGCAGCUCAAGCCAGGGGAUUUGAUUAUGUUUUCGGCGAGACCAAUUCUGUCUCCGGCAAUGGAAGCCCUGGACAAGGUGAAACGUUUGCAACCGGUCUGUGGGUCCUCGACUAUGCUUUACAGGCCGCCAGUAUCGGUAUCAAGCGUCUCUACUUCCACCAAGGUACGGCAGGCAAGUCUUACUACGUUUGGUUCAACGAAAAAGGUGUCCUGUCACCUUUCUAUGGCGGUUACGUCGCCGCUCAGGCCAUGGCCGGGGGAUCUCGAAUUCAAGCGCUCGACGGUGGAAGCACAAACUACGCUGGCUACUCCAUCCACGGUUCCAACGGCAAGGUCAAGAAACUCGUGUUAAUCAACACCGACUUUUUCAACGGGAACGGUACUCGCUCAACUCAAAAGUUCGUGCUCAAGAACCUGUCAAGCAAACGGGUGAGCGCCAUGCGCCUAACAGCAAAGAGCUCUCUUUCUCGACAGGACGAUGGAGAAGCGCCCACAUUUGCCGGAAUCUCGGUCGACGAUAGUACUUGUCAACCCUCGGGAAAGACUGCGGUUGAGACGGUAGAUGUCACGGGAGGCAGCGCCUCAUUCAACUUGGCCGCGUCAGAGGCUCUAUUGAUCACCCUGUAG